CCGCUUUCAAGAUGGAGGCGAUGGAGCACCACCAUAACCACACGGAUCCUCUAUUCAAUAAACUGGGACUUCCAGAGCACUUCGGAGGCCACAUUGUACCGGGCGUGAUGCAGUACCUGGUAGGGCUACGGUGGUUGUACUGCACCUUCGAGCGCUACUACCUCUGCAAGAGGGAGUACGCCUUGUUGGGCUCACGAGGGCGACCCUUCGUCAGCAGCUACCUGUUCCCCAGCACAUUCUGCCCUGGGUUGCCCCUUGAGGCUCUUGUCACCUUUUUAUUGAGUGUUCUGCUUAUAAUAAUGGAGAGCCAGUCUUCGUCGUCAUCCUGA